AUGAAUGGCGAAGCCGAUAGACGUGAUAGAUCGCGAACACCGUCUCCUUUGUCGAGAUCGAGUUCUAGAAGUUCAAUAGGUCAGUCGCCAGCGCGAACAUCUCUUCUGAAAAGAAACCAAAGUUUGAGCGCAAAGCAAAUACGCUUCUACCGAAAUGGCGACAAAUACUUCGCUGGAUUAAAGCUUGCCGUUUCGAGCGAACGCUACAAAGAGUUAUUUGCCUUGCUUGUCGAACUUUCGAACAAGCUCGAUCUGAAAACGGGAGCAGUUCGUUUCGUAUUCGACGCCGAAACCGGACGCCAGAUAACUGAUGUAUCGCAAUUGAAUACGAAUUCAUCCUACGUCUGUUCAUCAUCGAACAGCUUUAAAGAAAUCGAAGGGGGCUAUGGGCAAACCCAGAGUAAAGGCUGGAGCACAGGAGGAACGAAAGACCGUCGUGAGCUGACAAAUUGGGAUAAAUCUACACCUCGAAUGGAUAGCAAGCGAGAGUUCAUAAAGCCAAAACUUGUGACGGUUGUUAAGAACGGUAAACCGCCUCAAAAGAAAGUCACAAUGCUAUUGAAUAAGAAAACCGCGCUUGAUUUAGACCAAGUGCUUAAUCAUUUGUCAUCAAAAGGAACGCUGGGCAAAGUAGACCGUCUGUGUUGUUUGGACGGGCGUGAGGUAAGGCUCAGCUUUAAAGAUUUUUAUUUUAUUAGAAUGAAUGAAGAAAACAGACCGGUAUCUAAAGGGUGGCUCAUGGCUUUGUGGUCUCACGAUCUACUGAAUAAUUAAUCAUCCAUUGUAUGACUACCAUAAGACUCAUAAGUUGACUUUAAUGAAACCGACGCUUUUAUGUAUCUACCGUCUGGCUUUGUGCCUACAGAGACAAAAUCAUUUCAAUUUCGCUCAUUAAAACGAUUUCCGUGCAAUAAAAGUUAGAACGUAUUAAAAUAAGUGGACCAUUUCAAAACACGUCUACGCGCUUGCCAUGUGGCUGUAGGAUUUUUGUUUGUUUAUCAGAAUUGUUUUCUGGAGUUAAUUUAAGUGUUUUUCCCAUGGCCCGAAACUCGAAAACCUGUUGGUUUUAAACGAUAAACUAACGAUUUUUGCCCGCAUAAGGUAUCUACAUGUGGGUUUUUACAAUAAAGUGUGUAUAUAAAAGCUAUAGAAAUCAUCAAUUAGAAUACAGAACUCUAUAUUAGAACGCGGAGACGUUUCUUUAAAUAAUUCUCAUCUAUUUAUAAGCGGCUACCGGAUAUUCUUUCAAGACAUUGUUUUGACUUUUGGAUAUGAUAUACAGAUAUGAUAUAUUGACUUUUCGUGUUUUGUGUUUUCUUUCUCUAAUCAUGGAACAAUUUUGUUGCUUUCUGGUGCAAAGUUCGAUUGUUUUCUGUCUUUGUUUAUCAUUUUUCUUUACAAUAUGAAAAAAGUUGCGAAACAAAGCUGGAAAGGGACAAUAUGUAUACAGGGAUAUUAAUAUAAGCUGAAGUUAUUGCACGACAUCAUACACACGUAGGUUUCGCUUGAAUAAUUUUCUAAUUAUAAAAUAUUAGGGCUAGAAAGGCCGAAAGGCGUAUAUAUUUGAGUGUUAAAAGUGUUAUUAAAAUAAUGACCAUGUGCCUUUGCCUUUGAAUAUUACAGGGUAUGCAAUAUGCAUGUUGUCAAGGAUCUAAAAUAAUUGAAUCAAAUAUGUAGGCGUCCCACUGUCCCAUGCAAAACGUCCCUGUACUACAUGAAUUAAAUCCUAAAGAAAUUACUCAAUGAGGAAAUCUCCUCAAGCAUUCUCAAAAGCAAUUUGGGUGUUAUAUAAAUUUUAUAUACAAAAUACGCAUUCUCAAAAAGCAAUUUGGAUGUUGUAUAAAUUUUAUAUCCAAACAAAAUACGCUGAUUGGAUCCUAGCCCAAUGAAGAGGAAUUCUUCAAACUGAAAACAUGUUUCUACUACAGUGUGAAUAAUAUUCCAUUCUGGUUAUAGACAUAUAUUAUUUCCUACAGCUAGUGACUAUGGUGUUGAAUUUUCUCUCAUUAGAAGAGAAGUAAAAUUCUGUGGAGCAAAUUAGAAGAAUAAAAAUUUGUUGCUCCCACUGGACAGCAGAAUAAUGACAUUAAAUGAAAGUAAACAAAACUGUCUGGAGGGAUUGAACGAAAAGCAGCUGUACAAUCCAAAUUUUAGUAAAUGUUGGCAUUUCAUUUUAUACUUGACUUUACUUCACACAGCAUGUGGGGGCAGAGCUCCACCUGAAAUUUCAGCCCCGGCUGAAACUCGGCCCGGCAGCAAAUAAUUUCAGCCCGGGCUAAAAAAACAAUCGUUUAAAUGGCUUUAUUUUGCGUGCUUGUUUCAUCUUUAAAUACUUUACAUAUAUUAUAACCACAGUCUCGUGAACACAAGUCAAAUAUAGUCGACUAAUCAGCGUCUGAUUGCUUCAAACAAGCGUAACAGGCUUAUUGUCCUAUUUUGUGACACUCAGAUUAUUUCAGCCUGGGCUGACAUUUCAGCCCAGGUUGACUAUAAAUAUAGCUCUGACUAAACUCAGCUCGGGCUCAUACUGCUCAUGUAAUCGUGAUGCAAUUUCCGCUUGUUUAACCAGGCUGAAACUCGGCCCUGGCUGAAAACUCUCCAUGUAAUCAGCCCCUUACUCAAAGCAUCAAAAUGAAAUAAAGAUAAGGUAUGUUUACAAACUGCGAUUUGUCAUGGACGAAUCAUAUUGUGGUGUAUGUAACAGAGUCAGCAUGUAUAAAAUGAUUGCAUUUCAAAUUUUGCCAUAAACUGUGGCAUCGUGCAGCAGUAAUGGUCAUACACCAAAAUAUGGAUCAUGCUCAACAAAUCACAGCAUGUAGAACUUUACUGUAAACAUACUUUUAUUCUUUCUACUGUGAAUAGUAGAUUGAAACUCUUGCAUUAACUGCCUUAACUAUUCAAUAUUAUUUUGACUACAUAUUAAACAACAAGUUUUGGGGACAUAUAUAUGCACCCUUGAUUGUAGUGUCCUAUAGUAUCUAGCCAUUUUCUACUUUUUGGUGCUCAAUUUAUUAGUUUUCAAUUUGGUGAUAUAAAAUCAUAAUCUAUCACACACAACUACUGUGUUCACAGUUUUAGAGAACAAAACAACUGAAAGCAUGAAGACAAAAUAACAUUGCCAAAUAAUGAGACUGUACUAAAGCACAAUCAUGAUUUGUACUUGUCUGAACUUUGCAAACUGGGGGCAACAAUUUUGCCCUUGAUCUGCUUUCUGGCUACACCUAUGUUUUGGAUGGCCAUGAUUCAUGAUAAACUAUUAUUUUGCUUUGGGAUAAUACAGUAUUCACAAUGCUGUUGUGCCCAAACGUGCUCAUUAGUCUAUCUUUGUGGUUUAUCAUUCAGUUGAAAGACAUUUGAUUAAUUAAAACAACAAAGGUGUUCCCCCAUCUGCUGCAUAUUGUUUAAUGAUAUUCAUAUUCUGUCAUGAUUAUGCUUCUGCUCCAUUAUUGACCCCUCAUUAAAUAUGAAAUAUGUCUUUUAUCCAGUUCCUUCUUAUGUACCUCCUUGUUUCAAUGUGUCAGGGUGUUUGUCAUAAAAGUUUCAUAAAGUGUGUCUGGAAAUUAUGCAUAAUUAGUGGCUUAUGCAUUUCUUGGUCAGAUACAGUUGUAGAGGUCAACAAUAUAACUUACCGUAUAUAACUUAUAUAAUAAAUAUUUUUUUAUUAAUAACUAUUUGAUGAUUUAAAACCAUUCCAUAAUUUUAGGAAUCCAGAAAUAGUUCCAUGGUUUUUCUUUGAAUAUAUUUAUGUUCCAGUUCACAAAAUGUUAUCCAAUGAAUGAGUGUAGGUACAUGUAGGCCAUACCCAUAGUCCAUACCUCAGACCAUGAGUUUUGUACAAUAUAAAGCAGGAAAUAGAGGGGACUAACGGCAUCAAAAUGAAGGGAAACCUUCAAUUUAUUUUUCUGAUCCACUCCAAUUAUGUAGAGUAAGAAACCUCUCUUGUGGGAAAACAAGUUCCAUAAAGAAUUACCUGUUUGUCUCUAUUGAUUAGAAUCUUAAUAGUUUAACUGGCUAAGGUGUGCUAUAAAUUGUUCUCUCUGGAACAAAAUAAGGAGAGAAAAUUCGCUUCACAAAGUUCAAGGUGUGAUACCUGUGGAUGUGGUUGCAUUGUCAAUUUUAGAAUUCAGCCCUCUUAAAUUAGACUCCCACUUGGUCACAUAGGAUGAUUGAGAGAAUCUAUCAUAUCUUCCUGACAACAUGAGCACUGUUUGUAUACCAUAGGACAUACCAGAUGACGAAUAAGUGGGAUAGCACCUGCGUGACAUUACUCAUUAGGGCAUUUGUUUACAUUUUCACUAUUUUUAAGGAAUAGAAAACCAAAUAUUUUAAAUAUACAUGUAAUUUUGCUUCUACCUGCACAAAAAUUCAAAAUAUUAUAAAAUUAUAAUAGGCCAUAGGGACUUCAUUUUCCUUUCAAACAGUAUCUAAAUGUGCUGGUUUCUUCCGUAGCUAUGUUAUUGAACUUUUUCUGUGUAGAACGUUUCAAAUUCAUGUUUCUUGCAAUUAAAGCCCAAUUACGCUUUGAAUUCUGGAAAAAAUUGUAUUUUUUCCUUAAAUUUCUAUUGUGUGUGCCAUCUAGCAUAAGUUGGGCAUGUUUGACGAACUUGCUGGACAUUUUCGACGAACCUACUGCACCAGUCUACCCAGGGUCUAUUGGCUUUAUUUUAUAGUGCACAUGCAUGGACAUACUGUAUUAUUGCUGUCUGCAUGGGGAAUCAAUAGGCAACCAUCUGGUUACAGUAAAUUUGCCUCCUCUGACCUAAAUGUGCUGUUUUUCCCUAGGAUCUCGUAGAUGGAAUUUUCGAGUGUGAUUUUUAUAAAUUUGUUAGACCGAAUGUACAUGUACAUGCCCAAGUCCUGAUAUUCAGUCGGUUUUAUUUCUCCUUUUUCGCGCGAUUUUGAGUAUUGUUGCUAACCAAACUCGUUGAUGUUUUUAAUUUGCUUCCUGGGAAAAGAUUCGCCUUGUGGAGUACGGAGCCGUUUAAGUCAAUCAUUCGAAUGUCAGAAUUAGGGUUUUUGAGAACGAUUUGUCAUCUUUAGGCUUAACCUAUCUAGCAUGCUCUUAGAUUGAUUCGCGGCAUUCGUGCCAAUAAAGGAUUAAGUUGUUCAAUAACAUGCAUGAAUCAACAACGUGCAAUGCCCGCAAUGUGGUUCUUCAAUGACAGCGGCGAAUAUUUUUUGAGAGGGAGGAUUUUCUAUUGCACUGUGUUAUUGUUUUCCUACACCUGCAGUCAUUGCACCAACAUGAUGAGCAGCAACGUCUACCCUAAAAUAGACUUUCUGUUGCACGUGUGUAAGUUUUGAGGCAUACUGUGUGUGACGCGCAUAAAUUUAUGUGCAAUACUAUUAUUGUGUCCAACUCCUUCUAGUUGUAUAUCCUAAUUACGUGGCGUUAGAUAUUUUAUCCAGCGCGUAUAUUUGUCUCAUCAACACUUUGUUUGUUCAAACAUAUGCCUACCGUAGGAUUUCAGUUUGGGGUAAACCACUAAUUAUUAAAAAACAACAGGAUUUAAGCGUGAUGAUGUAAUGAAUAGCAGUUAAUUAUUACGCGUAUAUACGUGUAUUGAAUGCAGAUGUAUAGAUAAACAGUCUUUUCAUUGAAAAGGAAAGUUAGAAACUUUUCAUUUUCCAAACUGAAAUUUACUUGUUGUUUUAUGAAAAUAUAUAGCUAAACAAAGAGGUAGACCAAUAUGAAUUCUAAGAGGGGGGUUUUCUUACCUUAGUAAUUUCUGGAGCUCACUUCUCUGCAAUAAUUAAUUAUUUAAGUGUUUUUGUACACUAUGCAUGCCAAACGAGCAAAAUCUCAAAUAUAUAUCUCUUUAUUUUUGCUGUUUUUCCUUUUGGCCUUCUGCCAAAAUUCAUCUUGUUUUGCCGAAUAUUGUCUAAUGAUUUUUUCCAGGAUUAGAACUUGAAUGCAGAUGUAGAUAAACAGUCUUUUCAUAAAAAUGGAAAGUUAGAAACUUUUCAUUUUCCAAACUGAAAUUUACUUGUUGUUUUAUGGGUAGACAAAGAGGUAGACCAAUAUGAAUUCCAAGAGGGGGUUUUCUUACCUUAGUAAUUUCUGGAGCUCACUUCUCUGCAAUAAUUAAUUAUUUAAGUGUUUUUACACUAUAUGCAUGCAUGCCAAACGAGCACUCAAAUGCUAUUAUGCUAUUUUUCCUUUUGGCCUUCUGCCAAGAUUCAUCUUGUUUUCCCGAUUAUUGUCUAGUGAUUUUUUGGAACUUGGGCAUUGGAACUUGGAUUGGAACUUGGGCAAAAAUUUAUCUCGUCCUAUUUAGAGUAAUAGAACCUAGUUUAGAACCAGUUGCGAUACUUAUGAUUGUAUAUUUAAUCAGAUUUAACUUGACCAAAACUCCUGUACUGUAGGCAUGAGUAUUGCCAUGUUCCGAAAAUCAUAGUCACUCGGUGGUCGGGGCUUUUCAAAAUGUCGAUGGUAGACCAUUAUAGUCAUUCCUGAGGUUCAACAUUUAAAACAAUGCUCUGGAAGAAGGAGGGGGUACUCUUUGUGAAAAUGUGGAUAAUGAUGGAUGACUACAAGACUAUUCUUUGCAGGCAUGCAUAUGUUAUAAUUUACUCUUCUGUGUUCUAGAUAAAAGAUUUGCGAGAUCUCUUCGACGAGGACAUGAUCUUUAUCGCUUUUUCAUCAAAUGAGCGGUUCCCCGACGAAGGAUUUGAUGUGGAUGUGCAAAGUAAGUAAAUUUUUAUUGCAUUUACAAAGAAAUGAUAUGUGUCGUCCGAUGAUCUGAUCGAGUUCCAUAUCGUUCCAAACUAUGAGCAUCUCGCACAUUCAAAAUACAUUAAUUUGAAAGGGUAUUGGAAAUGCUACAUACGUAUGAGAUCCUGGUUGGCCAAAUAGCUUGGUCGUUCUAUAAAUUUUCGUACUUACUAACAUUUUCGUGUGUUCAAGCGAUAUUUGCAAUAUGAAUACUCUUAAUCGUAUGAUUAAUAUUGAUAAAAUACUGUAUUUUUAAACUGAAUUGGGGUAAGCAUGGACGUAUGCAUAAACGAGGAAGUAAGUUACUAAGUUAUUAACUUAAACUUAAACAUUUAACGUACAGUACCUAAUAUAGCUAUGUGUAGCAGAAAAUACAAAAAAUUUAAAGUUUUUAAUUAAAGAAAUGCAUACCUGUAAAUAAUAUGACAGAAUUAAAGACAUCAAAAUAUGGUUUAAAAGAAGACGUCAUCAGCAUGAGCUAAGAACUCGCACCUGUAAAUACGAAUAGAAAAAUCGCGAUAUACUAAACAGAUGUACAGUACAGUAGUUCAAUUUAAGCCAACCUGUAAACAGAAUCGUUUGUAAAGGGCCGUAAUCUCGAAAUAUAUACGUGAAAUAAAUUAUAUUAUAAUAUAGCAUUUGCAAAUUCUGAACGCUGAUUGGCUAAGAGCCGUGUUGAUAUAACUCAAUGUCAACACGGAAACGUCGGAAAAUUUCUUACUUUAUGUUUCUUUGUGCUAUAUUAUAAAACAAAUAUAAAACUUUUUUCCGUAUUGAUAUAUAGUUAUAUCAACACUCGUGGAAAUUGUGAAAACUCGAAAUUGUGUGAAAACACCCCGCCCUUCGGGCGCGUGUUUCCACACAAUUUCUCGUUUUCCCAAUUUCCACUUGACAGACGUGUUGAUAUAACUGUAUAUCAACACGGAAAAUGUUUUACAUUUGUUAAGUAGUAGGCUAAUAAUAAAAUAACAGUAAAUGUUGAGAUGAUUAUAAAGAUAAAUAUUAACAUAAAAUAUGUAAUGGUUGUAAUAAAAAUAGAUAACUUUUGUACAAUGUAACUAAAAAAUCUAAACGAACUUUUUGUUGAUAAAUUUUUUAAGUUCACUAAUUCCGUUAAUUUGCUGGUAAGGUAUCUUCGUCCGCGGGUCGUGACUGUGGCGGUGGUGUGAAAGGGGCGCAUACACUAACUUUUUUUCUCACUGGAACUGUUAUCUUGAAUUUCAAGGCUAACCAUUAAUAUACAGCUCCCAGUAAAUGCUAUUGAUUUCAAUUAUUUUAACAUUUAACCUAAGAUUAGCGUUCUGAUAAUAAAACAUUAGCAUAAGCAUUUCCUAAUUUCCUUACAUUUCAUUGCUCCAGGGAUAAAAUCAAGGGCAUUUCGGGCAAUUUGCAUGAGCGAGUUAGUUAAGCUUUGUUUUUAUGCAUGCUCAAAUAUAAGUGAGGCCUGAAAUCUUCCCUCAUUUGUACAAUGAAGCCAAUUUUUGUGAUCAUGCUUGAACACACAGUAUACCAAUUGAAAUUAUUUUUCCUGUUGCAUACGCAGGUUCAAAGCAGUCCUGGAAUACUUCAAUAAAACCGCAUCAUACGCCCUACACGCCAGCGUUACGAAUUGAACAUGAUUAUUCAUGGCAAGACCUUCCAAGGGCGAGAUGCUUAGCUUGCGCUCUUAAGGCUCUCACCACCGCCAACACUCCAUCGCCACAGUCACGACAGAGACCACGCCCGAAGUCUGCCCCACCGAGACUCUAUAACCAGGCGCAAAAAGCGAGAAAGUAUGAUUCCAGACCAAGUACUAGCUUGUCGUCACGUAAGAGUUUACAACCUAAAGCGUCAAAGUCACCCAGAAUUAGUCCGAUUAGCUGCAAAGAAGGCCCAAGAUCAGCACCUAAGUCAAGCAGUAAGAAACCUCGCGUUCGAUCUUCCUACCCGACAAUGUCCACACCAAAAUAUUCAGCUUCAGUAAAGAAAUCACUGUCGUUCUCUCCCGACACGAAAGAAGAGGAGACUGAUAGUCCUCCGAAGCCGAAAGGAAUCCGAGGCGGUGGGCGACGAAGGAAAGCGCAACUGGCAUUGAUGAAUGUGGAGGAAUUGAGUGCAGAUGAUCCACAACAUGCAUAUUACGUAUUGAUACACGAGGACAUGAAAUCAGGAAAACCUACUGCGUCUGUGAAGCCUAUAAUGUCUGGUGAAAAUGAAGCUGUUGGGGCAGCGAAAAGCCCAGAGGGAGAAGUAGAGGCUGAAACAAGUGAUACUAGGGAAAAUGUUGGCAAUGCGGUAACAAAUGCUGUUGCAGCAUCUGAAGAGGUUAAGGUAGUUAAAAAAGUAACAUAUGUAAUUAGCGACGCUCAAGGUGCUGUUGCUUUAGAAAAUAAUAUGUUGAAUGGUAUACACGAUGAACAUAGUGGAACAACUGAGGUUUCUGGAAAGGUGCGGGUAACAUUGGGCGAGAAUAAGGUUACCAAAAAUGUACUACCUGACGAGAAACCACCACUCGUUUCUAACAAUAACACAAAAAGUCCUCCGAGUGUAAGUGAAGAGAAGUCGGCGGAAAAUGAUUGGUCGAAACCAAAGCCCAUCCGAGGACGUCGAAAGAAGCAACAGGCAGAUAUGAAUGGUAAUGAACCAAGCAAACCGGAAGAGAAACAGGAGAUUACGUCGAAACAGGAUGAUAUUGUUAACGGAACGCAAGAAUUGCAGCAACAGAAACUUGUGCUAACUAAUGGUGAUAGUUGAAAAUGAAACAGACUAAGAGUUAUAUUUUACUUUAUAUAUAGAAAUAGUAAAUUAAGUAUGGCAAUUUCUUGAAAACAACAUUUGUCGAAAGUGAGGUUGUGAAAUGUGAGCUAAACUUGAUGGAAACAGUGGCGAGUGCAUGUGACAUUCUUCAGAAUUUUGUGAAGUAUGAAAUUAUUUUAUUAACCCAGGAGUGGCCCAUCUUCUGCGUUCAGAAGAUAAGAACCUGGUGAUAUAGAGGGUUGGUGAUGUAGAUUAAAAAUUAUCUUUAAGAGAUUUAGGUAUAAAUAUUAGUAUACUUACUAAGAAAUAGGAUAUAUGUGUAAAAUGUCUUUAUUAGGCUUUUGGUAUUAGCGCUGCAGUUGUUUAUUAUUUGCACUAAUUGAAGUGCUGCACGUGUAUAGAUUGCAUUCAAAGCCGAAAAUUUGUUUCCGCUAUUACAUGGAUUCGGUCUGUAUAAGAAAUAGUGACACCUGUAUGAACAAGUUAGUCCGCUUAUCAAGAUUAAGUAAAUCUUCUCAGUAAAGAGAUCUUAUGAAUAAUGUGUCAUAUUUCAAUGGCUAUUUUCAAGUUAUUCGUCUCACAACUUUCGAACAACAUGCAUUUAAUUCGACUUGUGAAGUCGAAUUAAAUGCAUGUUGUUCGAUGAACACAGUGGCGGUCAAUAUAUGAUUAUUUUCUUUUGUUGAGAAUACACAUUCUUCGCUUGUUCUUUUAAAAGAAUAUUUUUUUCUUCAGUCCAAGAUAAAAUUAUGACUUUUCGCCCAACGUAAAUACAGAUCUGGGAGGGCAUAGUUGUAGCAGAAGGAAGUAGAGUUUAAGAAGAUCUAAGGCUAAGAUUUUAAUGAACUAUUUUCCUUAUUUUGUGUGUGUGUGAUUUGUACUUGCUAAAACUAGUCGAUUAAAUUUCCCUAAUGGUCGGUAUUCACUUGAUCUAAAGUUUGUCUAGACUGCGAGCGGCCCCUCCUUUCCGCGGGUUUAGCUUCCCGGGCGUGCGAGGGGAAAGGAGGGAUUGCCUACAACACAUCAAGAAACGAAAUACGCCCACUUUUCGCUCUGGCUCCACCUUUACAUAAACAUUACUAAUAUCCAAUUACAUCUAUCCAAUAGGAACCAUUCAUUUAAGCCUGUCAUGUUUAUUUAUAAAAUCAACAUUCAGUCUGGAAAUUAUUUAUAGCAUAAUUACUCCAUAUCAGAUUGAUUGACAGGCACAUCGAUUUCGACCAAUGGGAAUUUUGCGUUGUCGGCAGUCCCUCCUUUCUCAUGGGGACUGCUCGCGGUCUACAGUUUGCCAAAAAGUAUGGGAUUAUGUAACCAUAAUCUCAAACCACCUCAUAGGCAAGGGGGCCGUUGCCUGCCGUUCAAAGUUGGUCCCACAAAUAAUUACACUGACCUGAAAGGUCAAGUGUCUUAAAUCCCUAAUGUUCUGUUUUUUCCUGAAAUCGAGUUUGCGUUAGCACAUCGCAGGCUCAGUUUCCAGUCGUUCCAGGUACUAUACAGAUCAGUUUUCAAGAUGGCGGCCAUCAAUGAGUGACUAUUUCAGUCUCAGUCAAUUUCUUCAUUUGUCAACGCAUUUUACCGCGUGUGUCUGUGGAUUUUGGAUUUAUCCUACUCUGCACUUUCUUGGAAGUUGACUUGGUGUUUUUUUUUUCUCGUGCAACGCCUCUGGAAAUGCGAUUUCCGGAUCGCUGAGUUUUUCGAAUUUUAUACGUUUUAAUAGACUCACGGGAUGUAAACAAUGUUGUCUGCGUUAGCGCAUCGCAUGCUCAGAGUCAGAGACCAUGUGCUGAUGUGCAUUUAUGGAUAACGUUUGUAUUUGUGAGUAAUACUUGUGUUUCAUUGGACAUUACGAAAACCUCUCCUCAAGAUCACGCCACGCUUUCACGCUUUGCGUUUACGGUUCACGUUUUGUAUUCUUGUCAGUAUUGGGUCACCAUAGCACGUAUGUCGUCAUUUUCAGGUCAGUGUGAACGCCUGAGCAGGCGUCUUGUUUCUGAAAAAACGUUAAGCAGAAACGGGUGGGGUGGGGUAAAGGGUUGGGGUAUCUUGCUCUGGGACACAUCAAACUUCUAUAUACUUUGACUGGUUAUCAUCUACUUACCCGGACAGCAUCUAUCUACACCACAGGGAGCCGAGAAGUGAUAUUGACAUUGUUUAUGUUAAAUUUCAAACGUGAACUUCUACACUUUAUAAUAUAUAUCAGAAAAUGCAAAAUUAUAUUGUUUAUUUUAUUUACUUUGUACUCAAAACAUCAAAAUCGGCAAUAAAAUUUCAAAAUAUUAAAAUUGCAUUGUUACAUACUCCAUAUAACUAUAACAAAGUGUCUUAUACCGACGACGUUCCAAUCUUAAACCGAACAACGAAAGCGAAUCAUUACAGUAUAAAAUUAUGAGUGAGCAUGCGCAGCUUGAAGAUGGUAUGCUAACCCAGCUUUGAACAACCGGCCCCGGAAGUAGUAACCAAUCAACAUCCACUAAAUUUUGAAAUUUAAAAUUUGUUUUGAUACGUGUCGGUACGUUACGCUUGAAAAAGUGGAAAACAGCCUUAUUUUGUUACGCUUGAAGCAGUAUCAUGCGACUGUUUUUGUGGAGGGCUUGGUUUGCUCGUUUUUUAAUGAACAUGGGAUUGUCUAUUUUCUUUCCAGGUUACAGAAUUACUCCUUAUCGUGAUCUCAAGAGAGCUUCUGGUGUGAAACGCACGUCUUCACUUCGAACACCUAGACCAAGAAGAAACACUCUGGAAUCAAACGGUAAGAACGGCAUGCAAUCGGUACACUUAUUUAAAAUGUUACACAAAAAUACUGAUUACAUCCGAGAACCUGGUAUUUAAGCCCAGGACAAUAGAUCAAUACAAAAUUAAGUGAAUAUACAGUAACUCAUUUAUGUCUGCGUGUAUCAUAUACAAACCGGCGUUUGGACUUUCGUUUAAGCCUAGUGAUUUCUUUCAAUACAUCAAUCUCAUCCCGCCUUCCCUCUCGUCCCGGAUCAAACGGGGAUCACGUAAACAGCCCCUAAGAUUCCAAUCCAUGUAUGUUCCUGGACGCCUGUUUAGACCCUGUCUACUGUUAGGCCUGCAUGGUUUAGUGGCAAGUUACAACACGUUUAUACACACAGCGAUUCAUUGGGUCGAUUCACGAUCUGACGAAUCAUUGACCUGAACGAUUCGUCAUUAACGUUCGGCAAAUCCAAGGUGAUUCGAAGAAAACCCUAUACUGUAUGAGUGAAGUUCGAUAAGAAUGCUUAAGCGGUGGUCACCCCCCUUUAGAGCAUUUUUUUUUUCAUUUUACAAGAUACAGAAUCAGCAAUUGAUAAAAAUCAAAAUCUGGGAAAAUAUUUUUGGUUACUCACUAAUUACACUAAUUAUCCAAUAUGGCCGCCCACUAAUUAGCCAAAAAAUGGCGCCUGCUUCAUAGCUAACACCUUCUUUCUCUUCAAUACUGUCAACAUAGUGCUUUCUUAGGUGCCUCUAAAUAUUAAGAAAUAACACAGAUUUUCGACGAUAUGUUUGCAGCCAGAGCUUUGCGAAUGACCGCGAAGUUGCUAUGAAAAAAGGGGUUCACUUGCCACUUCCAUUUACAUGCAAAAUGGACCAAUCAAAUUGCAGCUAACAAAAAGGACCUUAAAAAACAUACAUCAAAAGUAGAAACUACAAAAUUAAUUCAUGUCAAUUUUGGAUUUGACGCGUUGCUAAGGUGUUGCUAGGGAGAAAAUUAUGGAUCAUGACCACUUUAAAAGCAUUUUUCGCAUUUAAAAAAUAAAUAUUUCAUAAAAGUAACUAUAAAUUCUGAAAGUACAAUAUUUAAAAUAUAUAAAACACACUAAACCAGUGUCUUGUUCAUUAAACUAGUAGAAACGAGUGUUGUAACGAAAUUGUAUUUAAUCGCUUCUUUUCUUCCCCUUAUAGGCAGUGGAGGAGGAAAUCGUGGAAGAAGCGUCAGUCCAUCUAACAGGGUGAGUGCCGAUGAUUUUAUGCCAUGUUAAGCAAGUUCAAGCCGGGCCGUUGUCAUUUUUAUAUCACAUUAUUUACAUUACAUUUCAUGUUCAUUUGGUUGGUUUGGCACUUUCAACGCUGCAUCUAUUUAUACUUAUAGCCAAUUGGCAAAUAUGAAUUAUUUGAAUAAGCAACAAUCAUUCAAUAUAGAGUACUCUGAUAAGCUGUGAGUUUUAGUAAAUUCUCUUCUCUUUCAUUUUAGACUAAUGGUCAAACCAACACCAGUAAGUGCUACUCUGACUUUUCUAUUGUUAGUUACAGUACGAACUAUGACUAUAUGUUCGUGUUUAAACAUUUUUAGUUCAUUGUCAUUCAGUUAUCAUGAUUUACAUUUCUAUGCUUAUUUCACGCGUUUAUCGAAAUAUUUAGAAGGAUUAUUUGCCUAUAAGUUGUCUAGAGACCACAGGACAUUAUAGACAUGUGACCGCUUAUUGUGAUUUUGUAUUACUUUUAGCUCCAAAAUCAAAGUUAAAUGGGUCUAAGAAGGUAAAACUAUAUUGUCGUAACUCCGACACGAGUUUGCUUUUCCGCUUCAGAAUACAUUAGUCAUUUAGGAAUAACAACUAAGAUCACCAUAUACAGUACGGUAUUAUACCCUUCUGGAUAGUUAUGUAUGUAAUCAGCUGACCAAGGGGUGGCCUGCAUGGGUCGACUAUAGUGUCGCUGGGAAGCUGUGGUAUUUAAUAUUUUAGUUGCCAUGCAAGUGGUGUUUUAUUUAACAACUAUUCGCCGAAGGCGAAGUGAUUACCGGUGAAUAUUCACCGUAAUCACUGAGCCUGAGGCGAAUAAUUGUUUUAGUAUAAAUUUUUAAUCAAUAAAACAAAAUAUCCAAAUAUCAGUUUAAUUAAAAUUGAGAAAUAAAACUGUUUUUGGCCGGUUUUACGGUUACCGUUUUAGUGUUGCAGUGUUUCUUGUACAUGCAUGCUUCCUUUGGCUUUGUGACUUUUUUGCUUUAUUACAAAGUUGUUUUCCUCGAUUUCUGCUCAGAAAAUAAACACAAUAAUGGAAUGACUUUUUCACCAGACUUAGAAUUAAAAAUAGUUUCUGUUUAGCAUUAAUUUUUUCAGGAAAUGGCUGAGAAAAAUGGUAAAAUGAAAUGUAAAACUAUGCGAUUCGAAAUAAAAUUUUAACAACACUUUUUACUUUGCAAGUUUCGAAAACACAAUAAAGCCGGUCAGAACACCAUACAGAACAAUGAAAACACGACAUAUCAAAAGAAAUAGUAUCAUACAAAUUGAGAAAUCUAUAGCAUACAAAAUAAAAUGGAUUUUAAAGAAUAUCACGGCAAGGUGAUUAGGGCCUGAACUUCAGGUUAGGUUUUUUCCAACAGUCGGGAUGUUUUCGGUAUUUGUUUGAAGUGAAUGUUUCAGAGUUUUAAAUAAGUUUUACUGAAAUUGUCCGUGAAUAUGUUUGACACAGUAAAAUAAUAAAAGAAUCCUACCUUUCAAGUUAAAUACAACAUUUUGUUCUUCUUUUGUUUUCUGCGGACGAUUUUUUUCAAUAUUUUGUUGAUUUUGAAACCAAAUUUGCCUAAUCAUUCUCGUUCAAAAGCAUUACGUAUAACGUAUUUACUACCCAGUACCCAGGUAGUAAAUAACGCGUCAGAUUUACUAAUCAACUAUAGCCAAUCAAAACACGCGAAAGCUCAUUUGAUAUGCAAAAUUUAUACUAAACCUGGUUAUUGCAUAACCUCAUAAUAAUGUUUUGUCCGUAUUUUAUACUUACUGGUUUUAUGCAUAUUUAUUUGCACAGAUUCAGCAAUGGCGGACACUAGUAAAUAAUGAAAACAACCUAUCACCUCCAUGAACAGAUUUACAUCAACAACAUUUCAAACUAAGAAAGAGUUGGCAGUGUUAAAAAUUUUCGUAACCACUUGAUUUUAUUUCUUAUUAUUCUAAUAGGCAAUUAAUGGAGGACAGUACACAAGUGGAGAAGAGCUGUAAGUGUAACACGAAUGAGAAAAAUGAUUACUUUUAUUUGCUUUUAUUUUCAGGAAUUUUCAAUUAAUAACAUGUACAAUUACAAUUAUACAUUAUGCAUGCAUGCUUUGUUGGUUUUGGUUUAUAUUAUAACAAUUAAAAUUUGGUUUAUAUAUUAUAACAAUUUUGGUUCAUAUUAUAUUAUAACAAGAGGGUUUCGCACCUCAUUUUCUAAUACUUGUGCAUUGUUAUAUAAUUAAAGAGGCAAUAGAUGAUCGUGAUUAUGCUUGCGGUGUAUUCUUAGAUUUAAGUAAGGAUUUUGUUGGCCUGCAGUCAUGACAUUUUGAUUAAGAAAUAAAAGUUUAUGGAGUUCUGGGACUUGCGCACAAGAGUGGUUCGCAUUCUGUCUUUCAAACAAAAGACAGUUUGUUUGUGCAGAUAAGACAUUUGAUGAACCAUCUAUCUCACGUGGAGUACCUGAAGGUUCAGGCCUUUGCCCAUUACUCUUCCUGGAUCACUACUCUUCCUACUCUUUCUUCAUCUAUAUGUGGAUGAUUAAAAUUUGCUUUAUAACAUGCACCUACAUGCAGAGUUGUAAAUGAUGUUAAAACUAUGUUAAAACAAGAAUAUACAAUGAAAUACGUGGGCAUUAUUUAUAGACUCCAAUCUUUGUUGUACACUAUUUAGCUAUGUUGAAAAUAAGCUACGUGUAGAUAAAAUCAAAAUGACGUAAUGGUAUUUAAUAAAAAACACUGGCUGUCAUUAUAUAAAUUUCACUAUAUAAAAAGCUUUAUUAUGCACUAAUUUAACCUUAAAGUUUCUUCACAUAUGGAAUACUCGCAGUCUCGCAUGCAUGGGAAAGCACCAACCUUCAAUUCAGCCUCUAGUUUUCAUUUUACGAAAGAGAAAGAUUCGUAUCCAGUAUACCUUCACUAUGACUAUUAGAACAUACCCAUCUCUUAAAUCCUUAUGAAACUCUUUGAUUCGAUUACCUUUCAUACUGCGCAUGUAAUUGAAAAAAUAUCAUUAUUUAUUUAUCAACUUACUAGGUUAAAUCAGAAUUUUUAAUAUAUACGACAGCGCUUAUACUUUAAUGACUGUACAUUUAAAAAACUGAGCGGAUUUGUUGUUGUUAUAUAGUUGUAGAGUUUGCAGCUUAAUUUAGCAGUGAAUGAGUAUUUCAACUUCGACAAAACAAUCCAAAUACUAUUUGGUCCAAUAUAUGUAACUUGUUUUGAGAGUAAUGCAAAAAUACUUGCAUGGAUAUACCGUUGGAGUAUCGCAUUUGUAUUAGCAAAUUUCGUGCACUCUAUAGGAAAAGUCACACUUUUUCAUCUUAAGAAUAUCGCGGCCAUGUACAAGGAGUUGUUCGUUGCGAGUUUUGCACUUUCCCGCUGAUAUAGAAGGGAUUUUGUUACUUGAUAUUUGCAACCGAAUGCCUCAAAUUGCCGAGGCUAACGUAUCACCAAAAAUGGUGUGUCAACACUUUUGUAUUAUACACUUUGAAACGUCGGUUAGGUUUCGAAAACCACUUUAAAGCCACUAUAUAUAUUUAUAUUCAUAUCGUUAUAUUGAGUGAGAAAUCUUAAAUUGGAAUAAAGGACCUAUAUAUAUAUCGAAUAAAGGCUUUUUCAAUAAAAAAUAGUAUUGUGUUAUUGCAUUCUAAAAUCCAUUGUGUUAUUGAUCCUGUAUGCAUGUAAUAUAUAUUAUAUAAUGAUACCUUUUAGAUAUCCUGCGGCUGUGUUUCAGCGUGAAAAUUCUGAUUCUGGUAAGUCGAUUAUUUAAUUCAUGGACUGAUAGCUAGAAUAAAGUGUAAGCUUAAAAUUUGAAGACAUGGAAAAUGCCGAGCAGGAACUAUAUAUGUUAUAUUUUUUAUAGUAUCUUGCAAUUUGUUCAUUUCAAUCCAUUGCUGCGUAUAGCUUUUUGGUUUUCAGAAUAUUUUAUUUCAUCUGUAUUCUCAUUCAUGAUCUUACCUUAGGGACAAUACAACAAAUGCAGAUUUCAUGCCAAGUUAUAGGAGUGGUAUACGAAUAGUUGGAAAACGUUUAAAUUAAGUAACAAAAAAAUGCACGUCAGGCACACGCGGUUAGACCAUUCGCAUCGUCCCAUUAAUCAUUAUUCAGUACUAUUAUAGAAAUAACAAUUAUACUGAACAAUCGCACGCGUAUUUGGUGAAAUAUGAUAUAAUUAAUAUGAAUAUUACGCUAAACACAAGUGUGAUUUUCUUUAGUACUUCGAGAACAAGUGUUUUUCCUUUUAGCCUAUAUCGGUUCAAUUAAUUUUAAUUUUUAAGCUAGCCUCUAUUAAGUGAAUGAAUAUAUAGAUCCGAAACAAGAAGAAACAAGUAAAACUGUCUAAAGGAAAUAGCAAAUAUAUAUAGUGAUCAUGCAAUGGCCGUGAAUUUUAUCGACAUAGCCUACUGUUUAUAUAUAGGUUAACAAGGGCAUAAUCUGUGCAUUGUGAUGAAAAAUAAAUCUUGCAAAAAGUUGCUUCACCACAAUGGCUAUAUUUCUAUUUCGUUCACAAAUUAUUUAAUAAAUAAAGAGCGUAUCGUAUGUACUGUAAAAAAUACAAAAAUGAUUUCCAGUUAUGAGGCAAUUGAACGUUUGUUUAUCUAAGUUACAUUUUGUUUUACUGCAUGUGUUUGUGGUUUGCUAUUGCCGUAAUAUACUGCAUAAUAAAAUAAUAAUAAAAUUAGAAACCUAGGUAACUGCCAGAACUGUCAAACUGAAACUUGCAGUUUUUCACACGUCGCUUGCAACGAACUGUGAUCACGAGGUACGCAAAUAUGUCCCUCGUAAUUGACAAAAUUGUCACUGACCAACCGCCUAAAAAACGGUCGUUUCGCAGUUUUCUGGGAACAAUAGUAGUAAAAUACUGAUAUGUUAACGUGUGCUUUAUUAAAAUUAAAGAAUUUUCUUAAGAAUUCUCAUAUAAGGUAGGUGAAUUGGGUUAAUUGAGCCAGGCCAGCCGUGGUGUUCAAAGUCUUACACCUGUCACACACGUAAAGGUGUCUUGGAUUAAAAUUGACUGUUGCUAGAUAUUUUAAUUGCAAGCAGCUAAAAAUAUUAUAUCCUUAAAUUUAAUUCAAUACUGCUAAAAUUUAACUACUCAUUUAAAUAACAAUUGAAAGCUAUAAUGAAACUAUCUUUCAAAUAAGUGAUUAAACUUUAAUAUAUAAUACAUAGUAUAACAUUAAUAACUAAAUUUUUUAUAAAUUACGGCAAAAUUUUGACAUUUUUUAAAAUUAAUGCUUAGUACAUUAGGUCCUACCCUUCUUUUCCAGCAAAGAAAAGAAAGAAAAUGAAAAAUUCAAAGUCCGUUUCUAAGAGAAUUCCAACAAAAAAAACUCGAAAGCCUGUUAAUAGUGAUAAAUUUUAUUCGACUGUGUGGUUAAGUGACUAUGAAUCGUGGGAUAUGAAAUCUGAAACAGGAGACCCCAGCACAUGUGUUAGCAGCCGUGCAACCACACCUUAUAGUAGUAGACCCACUACACCAUUUGACAGUAAAGGUAGUUCACCAAUUAGCAGCCCGCCCUCGUCACCCUUCGUUGCCAGGGAAACGUACAAGGGCGAUGACGUCUUCGAUUCCGCAAACCCUUCAGAAACAAAUCGACCACAUGAUGCCAUACAGAAACCUAAACCUGUGAAAUUGAAACGAACCCUGAGUCUUCCAGAGUCGGAAUUAAGCCAAAUCGAGGCGAACGACCUACAACAAAGAUUUACGACAUUGCAACUUGAACAAGAGAACCAGGAACUUAAGCAACUUACUGAUGACCUACAAGACGCUUUGGAAAACUUGGAGAAACGGGUUCACUCCGUCUCGGAAUCAGACCAACACCAGGACGGAAAAACGAGCGAUGGUCGAACCCCGCCAUACUCUAGUGAUGAUGUGUUCGCCAAUGAUAGAGUUUUGCCACAGCGUGCGAUGUCGGAGCCAAGCAGCCCCAGCAGUCUAUCAUCCCACGACACUUUCGUGCAAAGUCCCAAACUAUCAAAACCGAACAGCCUCGAUUUAAGCGGUAGCGGUGCUCGUAAACGAAAACAUACUGAAAAAUUGAAUUCGUCCAGUGUAAAAACUCGCAAAACUGCGAAACACAAGGAAGACA